CGAAUCGAUAAGGCAGUUUUAAUUUGGGACUCAAAAAUCCACGUGUUGUACCAAGGUCCAUGUGCUCAGUACACCUGUUUUUAUAUCUGGUCUGCCUAAACAUGUCGCUUUUAGCGAGGUAUAGCGAUUAAAAUUAUGAAUUAUUUACGACAGUAUAGACAUUAACACUUAUUGGACCAACCUGUGAUACAAAUUAUGUAUAGUAGCUUAGGAUCUCAGGAAAAAAUAGGUAACUGCUAGCAAUCAACAUGAAAUUCUUUACUAAUUCGGUAAAAUCUUGUGCCGCUCGCAUUGGCACGUUGACAGAAUUCGAGAGGAUUCCCUCAAUUUGCUUCGAAACUCCAUUUCCUCUUAUUUAUACAAAGGGCGGGCUUGUGCCACAUUUAACUAAUGAUACUUUUGCGAUGGUUACCACAGAACCACAAUUUCUGUCAGUUUCAUUACCCUCUACAAUAUUAAUGUACGAAUCAAUGAAAGAGACUAAUAUGAGUUUUGCAAAUUUUGUCGGUAUGCAGAAACACAUAAAUUUUCUCUCGAUUACCGAUCCAGCAUAUUUAACACGUUCAGGCUUUCAAAAACUGGACACUAUUCCUAUAUGGUCUAGAGGUGGCAGACAAAUGAUGUCAGCCAAUCGUUAUAUGGAUAUUGUUGAAACAUUUAAACCAGAUUGCUAUACUGCUAUAUACGACGGGGAUACUAACGUUAAUAGUACUAGAAAAAGAGCUUCGAAAGCUGUGAGACGUAGUAAUACAAUGUUUGAACAAUGUUUAUCUAGACAUAACGAAUCAAAAAUUUUGAAAUCAACAGCAUUAUUAGCUGCUGUCGAAGGUGGCUACGAUGCGGAUGCUAGAUUAGAAUCAUUAAAUUAUUUAAAAGACAAACCUGUGGAUGGAUAUGUGAUAGAUGGAUUACAUAACAAUGGACCAGAUGUACAAAAUAUUUCGACAGAGACAGUCAAGGAAAUAAUAAAACAGACCAUCAACAUGUUACCAAAUGAAAAAUUGAAAGUGUCGAUGGGAUGUUGGAAUCCGUUAACAGUAUUAAACUUAAUUGAAUUAGGUGUAGAUAUAUUUGAUACAUCGUAUCCUUAUGUAGCUGCAGAGAAUGCAGAAGCUUUAACAGUUUUAUGUGACCACGAUACCUGUAGUAAUAUAUUACAUGUAAUAUCGUUCAAAGAGAAAAGGUAUGAGGAUGAUUUUUCUCCAAUAUGCUCUCAUUGUGAAUGCCUUACAUGCAAAAAUCACACUAGAGCAUACAUAUACCAUUUGCAGAACACCAAAGAAUUGCUUCUUGGAAUAUUAUUAAUGAUACACAAUAUUCAUCAGUAUCUUGAAUUUUUUAAAAUUAUUCGAGAAAAUAUAAAAAAUGAUACAUUUAAUGAGUACAAACAAAAAAUUGCAUUAAAAUUUGAAAGUAUUGAUAGUACCGAAUUAAACGUAGUACAAGUGAAAAAAUCAAAGACCGCGAAUGCGUGAUGCACUUUUACGAAUGUAUAAAUAAUUAAUUGUAUUAUUUAUAGCUCUACCAUUGUAAGAAUAAUGGUAAAAUUGAAAAAACAAACUAUAAUAUAGUUAUUAUUCUGGUAAAAAAUUCGGAUCUAAGUAAU